AUGCGCUCCGCCGCUCCUACGGCCAAAAGCGCGCUAUAUCUCGAGAGUGAGCGAGGCAAGGAGCACGAAUGUGCCCCCAACCGACAUCUCAGGCGCUCGCACUCAAUUCAACCGGCUACAAAGUCUCUGCCUGCUAUCGCUCAAAUUCAAUAUCGAAUGGCGUUGGUGUUGGUAAUGUUUGGAUUAGUGUCGACUUGGCUGCCAGCCGUCUUCUUGAUUUCUGGAGUCUCGCUUUGCGCCACGGGCCACUUCGAAGACACGCAUCGAAGCCUUUUGGUGAUGAGGUGGCUGGCCUUAUGGACAUUUCGCGACUGGCGAUCGAAAGAAGGCAAGCUCCUUAGAAAACGACGUUUUGACAAAGUUCUAGGAUGGGGUCUUGGGGUGGUUUGUACAAGUACGAAGGACCUUCGUAAAGAUGGAGGAAGUGGGACUUCGUGGGUAAGCGUGGGUACGGCACUUGCCGCUUCGGGCAGUUUGGAAGAGGCCUUCUUUUCCAUUGGAGCACGACCAUUGACCAACGAUUCGACGGACCAAGGCCAUCUCCCCCCCGCUCACGACGGACAGAAGAGUAGUUCUUCAAAAAUGGUCAACAACUCUUGUCCAUCAACUCUUGUUGUUUGGAAUUCCGAGAGCAUUCAGGUAAAGGCUUGAAAAGUCUUAACCGAGAUCUUUUCAAACUUCAGCUCUUCUAGUUGAUCAGUUUCAGGUUGAUACAAGAAACGUCUACUGCAGCUCUUCUUGAGCCAAGAACCUUGACUUCGCUUAAAUUUGGCGUUUGA